GAGAGGCAUGAUGGGAUGGUGUUGGAGAGGCGUUUGGUGGUCACCAACGCUCCUGACCUGUUCAGUCCUGCUCUCUCUCCUGAAGAACAAGACGUGAGGGGACACUUCCAUCUGUCUCGUCCUGAACCUCAUGCCCUGUUACUAGUGCUGAAGUCUGGCACAUUUACAGAGCAGGACAGAGAUGCUCUCAAGCUCAUUAAUGUCACUUUUGGUGAAGGAGCAUCUGAGUAUGUGAUUGUGGUCUUCAUGCAUGAGGAGCAGGAGUAUGUGAGCACUAAAGACUCUGACACUGAAUCAGUAAAGUCUCUGCUGAAGACCAGCAGACGUCCACACCAUCAUCUACAGAGGAAUGGAGACCAAUCUCAAGUGCAGAAACUUCUGGGGAGCAUCGAGAAGAUGGUGGAGGAAAAUGGAGGCCAUCAGCUGAAGAUUACUGAAGAGCCAAGACCGUUCCAGAUGAAAGAAGACACAGUUUGCCAAACAACAAACAAGAUACAUAAGGACGUUCAGAAACUGAUAAAUGACUGUGGAGGAAGAUUUCAUGUGUUCAAUAAUAAACACAAGGAUCCUGCUCAGGUCGUGAGUCUGUUAAAGAAGAUUGAUAAGAUGAUGUGGGAUAAUGACCCCGAUUUCUAUAAUGACAAAAUGUUUCAGGAGGCCGAGAGAGCAUUCAGACUCAUGCAGAUCAAUAGAGAGAGAGAAGAGGAGGUCAGACGAGAAAUCAAGGCCAUUAAAGCUAAAUAUGAGUCUGAAAUCAAAGAAAUUCAAGACCAACUAGAAGAGGAAAAAACAAAAGGAAAAGUUAGAGAAUUUCUGUUUGUGGAGAGAGAGUUCACACUGUUGAGACAAGAGAGAGAAAACACAGCGACAACAAACACUGAACAAACCCAUGUCGAGAGAAAGAAUGAUGAUCAGAUUGAAAAGCAGGAAAAUCAGCUUACAGGAACAACAGAUCUGGAUAGAGAGAUACCUAAACCUGGAAGAGAAUCUGACCAAGAUCCUAAGAAACAUGUUAAAAAAUGGAGGGGGUUGGAAUCCUUAAAAAAAGGCAUAAAGCUAAGGAAAAAGAUUGAGAGGACAGAAGAAUGUAAAACAAAAGAUGCAGCAAGUGGAGAAGAGAAUGUAGAAAAGAUAACAGAUAGAGUCACAGACCAACAGAGCAGUGAGGAUUUACCUAAAACCUCUGACGAUGAGAGAAACGCAGAGAAAGAACAACUAAAUCAGCAUUAUAAAGAAAUGGAAGAAUGCAGGCAGAAGAUGGACGAGGCCAUGAGGAGAUACAAAGAGACGGCUGAUAUGUAUGCUGCAGAACGCAUGAGAAUUGAAGCCAGAAAUGUUCAGAUCAUUGACAGCUGGGAGAAGGACCAUGGGAAAUCCUGUGCCCUUCAAUAA